CAUUGAAAGCGCAGGUUCGUGGAGUUAGAGUCGUUGUCUCCACAGGAGUCGGAAAAGUAAAUAUGAGAGUAACAGAAACGCGGUUAAGUUCUUAAAAAGUGAUGCUGAGGGAACUGAUGACAGAAUGGAUGCUUUUGUUGGGUGAACGUGAAGCCCACGCUUUUCUUUCUGUUUGUGCGCGUGCCGCCUCCAUCGCCAGCGGCGCACGCGAGGAUCUUAUCUGCACGGGGAAUCCUUCAUCCUUCACCCUUCACCCGCCCCGCUCUGCCCCGCUCCGCUCCACGCUGUUCCGCUCAGCUUGAACCACAACCUGAGAUAAAACAGCUGAGAUGAUGUGAAGCUGUGGAUGUUUGUCUCGCGCACAGGAACUAUGAACUGGCUUUCGCGGAUGCUGCUCAUAAACUUUUUCUUUUGCUUUACUGCGGUUAAAGCACAGAUGGGAUUUGAUGGUCCACUGUCUGCACAGGAGCAGAUGUACAUCCUUUACCAAAUCAAACUGCAGUGUCACCAGAACCUCUCCAACAUCGACGCAGGGACGACAGAUGAUGUGUGUCCUCCAGACUGGGACGGUCUUAUCUGUUGGCCCCAAGGCUCCCCUGCACUGGUUACCAAGGUCCCCUGUCCGUCUUACAUCUACGACUUCAAUCACAAAGGUCAUGCUUACAGGAAAUGUGAUGUCAAUGGUUCCUGGGUGUUUAUCGACCGCUGGAACAAAACAUGGUCCAACUACUCAGAGUGCCUGCGCUUCCUUCAGCCCAAUGAUGAAGAAGAGAGACAAGAGUUCUUUGAGCGGCUGUAUGUCAUGUACACUGUUGGGUAUGCGGUGUCCUUCAGCUCGCUGCUUGUGGCAAUCCUCAUCAUUGGGUACUUCAGGCGUCUGCACUGCACCAGAAACUACAUCCACAUGCACCUGUUUGUUUCCUUCAUGUUACGAGCGGUCAGCAUCUUUGUGAAGGACAAAGUCGUCCACUCCAGUGCAGGACUGCAAGACUUCGACUCUGCACUGUUGGACAACUUAAAAACAGUCAGCAUAGCAUCGCUGGACAAAUCUCAGUAUAUUGGGUGCAAAGUGACAGUGCUGCUCUUCAUCUAUUUUCUGGCCACCAACUACUACUGGAUCCUGGUCGAAGGCCUCUACCUUCACAGCCUCAUCUUCAUGGCCUUCCGAUCAGACUCCAUAUACCUCUGGGGCUUCACGCUGAUUGGAUGGGGUGUUCCAGCAAUUUUUGUAGCAGUGUGGGCAAUCGUCAGGGCAACUCUGGCAGACGCAAGAUGUUGGGAGUUAAGUGCUGGCAACAUUAAGUGGAUCUAUCAGGUUCCCAUUCUGACAGCUAUUGGGCUCAACUUUGUGCUGUUUGUGAACAUCGUGCGAGUGCUGGCCACCAAAAUCCGAGAGACCAACGCGGGACGAUACGACACUAGGAAACAGUACAGGAAACUGGCAAAGUCCACCCUUGUCCUCGUCCUAGUGUUUGGAAUCCACUACAUUAUCUUUGUGGGGAUGCCUCACACCUUUGAGGGACCGAGCUGGGAGGUCCGCAUGUACUGUGAGCUGUUCUUCAACUCAUUUCAGGGUUUCUUUGUGUCCAUUAUCUACUGCUAUUGCAACGGCGAGGUCCAAACAGAGAUAAAGAAAACAUGGACCCGCUGGAACCUGGACUUUGAGUGGGAGGGCCCGGUGGUCUGCGGCCGCUACCGCUACGGCUCCGUGGUCGUCGGCCUCAACAACAACAACAGCACCAGCAGUCAGUCCCACCUGGCAGGGGGCGGGCCUUCCACACGCUCCACCACACUGGUUUCAAGUCAGGCCUAUCGACGCACUGGUCCACCUGUGGUCAGCCUACACGCGACUCUCCCAGGUUACGUGAUCAGCAACUCAGACCCGUCCAUACCCGAAGAGCCCGAGGACAGUGGGCCGAAGCGCGUGGACGAUAUCUCGCUGAAGGAAAAUCUGCCCGUUCUAAAUACGAGCGCAACGGCCGAGGACGAGGACGAGACGCUGUAGCGCUCGUCGUCACAAUUCCGGAGGGAUGGAAUCAUUUUAAAGCUGUGCCAACUCAUCAUAAACUCAUGCCAUUCAAAAGUUUGUUGUUUACAAAAAAAAGAAAGAUAACUGCCUUGAAUCAAAAGAAAGCGCACAAAACGCAAAAAGUUGACUUCAUAAAGGAGAUUUUAUGGGCAUUUACUUUUCCUGCUGUUGCCCUGAUUGUAUUUAUUAUAAAUAUCUGAGCUGAGGAUAAUGGUAGAAAAAAAACAUAACCAUGGGAACACAGGAACUACUGUAAUUGGUUGCUUGAUUCCACCAACCAAUCAAGUAAGAGUUUACAUCCAUUUCUGUUUACACCAAUAGAAUAUAACAUAUUAUAAUAUGUAUAUGUAGUGAAUAUUUUUAUACUUAGUUUUAAUAUAAUGCAUUGUUGUCUUAAGUGUAUGCAAUUAGUCGGAGAUCAAAAUUUGCCAAGUGUGGAGAAAAUUGGAUUGUCUGGAGAUCAGUUGUGUAACAUUGUUCUUGACCUUUUACAACAAAUGCAAAUCAGUCCAUCAAGACAGUUCCCUGUAGAAUAACGAUUCAAAAUGAAUGUACAACAUUUAUUUAGCCCAGACGGCCCAAAGCUACUUUUUUUUAUUAACUUCCUGGAGAAUCCAAUUAUCCUCCUGUAAGAGGAACCAUUUCUUGGACUAUGACUUAUGAUCUUUAUCAUUUUUGUGAAGAAACUAGGAAUGGGCAAUAUAUCAAUAUUAUAUUUAUAUAUCGUGACGAUGAGACGAGAUAUCGCCUUAGAUUUUGGACGCCAUUUCCUGCUUUUAAAGGCUGUGGCAUUGAUACUUAUUGAAUACAUUUGUGAAAUACACUAAAUGUUAUAAAUGAUAGUAUUGAUUCAAAUAUCCGACACGAUUAUGUUCAAAACAUUUCAUUUUAAGCCUAGUUUUUGCCUGUUUUUAUAGGCAAAUGCAACGUUUGUGACAAACAUAAAUAUAUUUCUUUCCUUCCUUUAAAAGUGGGUAUUACCUGAAAUGAUAAACAUAAAUAGUAGAUAUUUUAUUGGAGUGUAUUCACAGCGUGUUGCCACUCUCCUUUGAAACAUCACAAUUUCCCAAAUAGAUCUUGUAUAUCAAGAUGUAGUCUAAUAUUAUCUAUAAGCCAUAUCACCCAGACUGACCUCUAAGCUUGUCAGAAAUAUUACCAUCUGAGAUGAUGUAAAAAGUUUAUUUUCCAUGUCGCCCAGCCCUCCUCUCAGCUCCAAAUGUACCCUUACAAUCACACAAUGGUAUAUUGUUUACUUCUCAGGAGAUUUGUCAAUUUUCCACAUUUAUUAUUAUUAUGCUGUGUUUACCACACUGAGGAUAAUGGUCACGUUCCACAGCACAGACAUUAAAUAUGGCAAGUAAGACAGCAUUGGAAUGGCGACUUAAACUCUUAUUUUGUGCUCCACUGUGAAGGGCUAUGUUUGUACGCAGCCUGUACGCUUUCAUGUUUGCAUGUUUUUCAGUGAGUGUGGUGCAGGUUCUCGUUCCUGCUCCGACAGCAAGCUUUAAAAAAAAAAAACACACAAAAAAACUGAAAAGAUUCCGUGUGUGAACCUGUGUGUAUUGUGUGCUAGAAGUGCAGCUAUUCUUUUUUCCCCCCUCCUGUGGAUUUGUAGCUUCCUCCCCUCUUCUUGUCUCUUCUCCUUGUGUCCUCCCAACCUUUACCUCUGUUAUCUGCAAAUAAAUAUAUACGUGUAUUUUCAA